AGCGAGUCGGGUGCACCUCAAGGGUCGUGGCAUAGCUCAGUGGAGAAGUUCACAGUAAGAAAUAAAGGAUGCUACAGGGCUGCCAAUGAUUUGGUAAAUGUCAGGUUGAUCGGUUCAACAGAUAGUUGAGUGGAAUCUUCAGUAUAUCAGCGAUGGCUGAAUCAUAUCAAAUCAGUCUGGAACCGUACAGCAUCCAGAACUACUUGUUGAUAUUUGUCUGUGGAAGCCUGUUGGUUUGGUAUAUCCAGUUCAGCUGGAAACGAAGGAAAUUAUACAUUCAUGCUGCAAAAGUUAAAGGACCUCCCUGUUUACCCUUCAUUGGAAAUGCCCACAUGUUUUUGGGAAACGGUAAUGAUAUCAUCAAAAAGCUCCUGAAAAUACAGGAAGAUAUACCAGGAUUGUCAAAAGUAUGGCUAGGACCGAAGUUGGUCUAUCUUGUGUCCAACCCUGAUCAUAUAGAGACAAUUUUGAAUAGUCCAAAAGCACUGAAUAAAGAUGACAUGUAUCGAUUUGUCAGCGAUUUUAUUGGAUAUGGUUUACUGACAUCACAUGCGAAGAAAUGGAGGCACCAUAGAAAGAUAAUAGCGCCUUCGUUCAAUCAAAGAAUUCUGGAUUCGUUCAUAGAAGUUUUUUCUGAGCAAAGUGUUAUUUUUUCCGAGCUGCUGAAGAAAUAUGUUGGACAAAAAGACAUUAACCUGUAUAGCCUGAUAACGAACUGCACUCUCGAUAUCAUUUGUCAAACAGCAAUGGGUGUAGAGAUGAACAUUCAAAAGGGUGACAGUGAUUUUGGAGAAGUACUUGACAAACUCAUGGAGAUUGUCACCUACAGAAUUUUUCGAUUAUGGUACCACUCUGACAUAGUAUGGAAACUGUCACCUCUGAGUCGAACGUUUCACCGAUUGAACAAAAAAUUCAAAGACACCACAUCUACCGUAGUUAAGAAGAAAUUAAUGGAGCACAAUCGAAAACACUCACUGUAUCAGUCUUGUGUUUAUGCUGAAAUUGAUGAUGAGUCCGUGAAAAAAAGAAUGGCGUUUUUGGACUUGAUCCUAGAAAACUCGGAUUUCACUGAAGAAGAGUUAAAUGAAGAAGUUGAAAUUUUCUUGGCAGCAGGUACUGAAACAACAGCCUCAACUUUUUGCUGUUUAUGUGUGAUGUUAGGUAUGCACCAAGAAAUUCAGCAAAAAGUCUAUGAAGAAGCUAUGGAUGUCCUUGGGUCAGAUCGUGCUGUGGAAUCAAAAGACAUGUCCAAAUUCAAUUAUACAGAGCGAGUGAUCAAAGAAACAUUGAGACUGUUUCCCAUAGCUGCCAUUUUAGGCAGAACCUUAGAAGAAGAUAUUGAUUUAGGUGAUGGAAUUACGCUUCCUGCUGGAUCAUCUGCAGGUUUUGGUACUGUACAUAUUCACAGGGACCCAAAAUAUUGGCCGAACCCUUUCAAAUUCGAUCCAGACCGUUUUCUGCCAGAAGAGGUAUCUAAAAGGCAUCCUUGUACUUACAUUCCCUUCUCUUAUGGUCCUAGAAACUGCAUAGGAUGGAGAUAUGCUUUAUCGAAUUUGAAAACGAUUAUUGCAACUGUGAUAAGGCGAUACAGAUUCCACACUGAGUAUAAGUCAGUAGAAGAAAUUGAGCUCAAGAUCAACCUACUCCUGAGGAUGAGAGAUGGACCAAAAGUGUGGUUAGAGGAAAGAUGAAUGAAUAAAAAAACUGUAGC